AUGGAGCACUACGUGAAAUGUAGGGAGGAGCUCCUGAAGUUCAUUGAUGAGAACAAUUGUGCUCCCAUCAUGGUGCGCUUAGCAUGGCACGACAGCGGGAACUUCGACAAGCGCAUCUCGUCCUGGCCAGAAUGUGGGGGUGCCAAUGGAUCCAUCAUCCAUGAGCCAGAGAUCAGCUAUGGUGCCAAUGCUGGCUUGACCAAGGCCGUGAACUUCCUCAAACCCUUUAAACAGAAAUAUGCCGCAGUCAGCUGGGCGGAUCUCAUCCAAAUGGCCAGUGCAUGCGCCAUUCAAGUCACUGGUGGCCCCAUUCUGCCCAUGAAGUAUGGCCGUGUGGAUGUUAAGGAUGGCAGCGCUUGUCCAGGUCGAACCUCCCGUGGAACUGCGGACAAUGCAGGCUUGCCUGAUGCCAUGGCACCUUUUGGCUGCGGAGCCAAACAACCUGCCACGCACUUGAGGAACAUUUUCCACCGCAUGGGCUUCGAUGACGAGGGCAUCGUUGCUCUCAGUGGUGCACACACAUUGGGCCGUGCCUUCCAGGAACGAAGUGGCGUGGUGGAGAAUGGCUACGGAGAUGCCAAGGUUCAAGGCAUGGGCUUCUUCGGCACAGCUGAGGCCUCACCUUACACCAAGUCAGGAUGCCCUGUGCGCCAUGAUGGCAAAGCAGGUUUUGGGAUGCCUGGUGGCAAGGCAUGGACCUCCAACUGGUUGACGUUUGACAACAGCUAUUUCCAAUUCUUGAAAAGAUCGAAGGAUGAGAACUUGCUUUGGCUUCCCACCGAUGCUGCACUUCACGAAGAUCCACAGUUUAAGGUCUACUUCGACCGCUUUGCAGAUUCGAAGGAUGCAUUUUUUGAUGCAUACAGCAAGGCCCACACAAAACUGUCCGAGUUGGGCUCCAAGUUUGAGCCAGCUGGAGGCACCUUCAACGAAGUUGUGGAGCAAGGUGGCAAGCGUACAGUGGAAGCUGCAUUGCGAUGCAAAACUGGGGAGCUGAACUACUGCCGGUUGACCAUGGAAAAGGUGACCACAGAACCGAACGGCAUGCUCACACAGAUGCUUUUGCUGAUGCCACAAGAUCUGGACUGA